AUGUCGCGAGUACGAGACAUGACAUGGCCCUCGCGGAUGCCAGACGAUGAGUGGGAAGAGAUCGCUGAUGGCAUUCCAGCCAAAGACGAGCCCUUCAUCAAGCAGUACAUUUCCGGGCAGCAGGCAUUGAUUGCGCAGGAGAAGAAACAGAGGAGCGACCACGCAUUCCGCGAGUCCCUCUCGCCCCUUGCCAGAGAAGCCUGCGCCAUCGUCGACGCCAUCCGUAACGAGGAGCAGCGCACGAUAUGGACCUCCGAGUUCGAGGAUAUCCUCGCCCAGAAGACGGGCGCGAACGUAUACCCGGGCAUGAUGUUCAGCCUGGCCAAGGAGCGCAUGGAGAAGACGAAGCUGUGGAAGAUCAUCAGGAAGAUGCCCAAGGGGGCGCUGCUGCAUGCGCAUAUGGACGCCAUGGUCGAGUUCGACUAUCUGUACGAUGUGCUGCUGCAGACGGAGGGGAUGCACAUCAAGGCUGCGAAACCGUUAGCGGAUGCUGCAGCUCUGGAAGCUGGUGCUUUCGAGUUUCGGUUUUUUAAGGAGGAGAAAGGCGCUGGCAUCUCGAUCUGGAGCCCAGACUACACGCCCAAUACCUUUGUCCUCCUCACCACUGCAGCGGACUCCUUCCCCAAUGGCGGCCGAGCAGGCUUCAUUCACUGGCUCAAAGAUCGCACUACAAUCACCAACACGGAGUCUGUCGAGCACCACCACGGCGUUGACGUCGUGUGGCGCAAGUUUUCAUCCUGCUUUACGAUCCUCAACAGCAUCAUCGCCUACGAGCCUAUCUUCAAGCUCUUUCUGCGCCACAUGAUGAAGCAGUUGCUGGAUGAUGGCGUCAAGUGGGUUGACCUGAGACUAGCAUUUACGUUUUUCUAUUAUAGGGAGGGAAGUGAGGAGCCCGAGGCGACGUACGAUCGCAUGUUUAAGAUUUUUGGGGAGGAGAUUGAGAAGUUCAAGGCGAGUGAGGAGGGCAAAGGAUUUUGGGGGAUGAGGAUGAUUUGGACUGGUAUCCGCAUCCUCGACACUCGAAAGAUAAUCGAAGAUAUGGACGCCUGUAUCACUAUCAAACUCGCCUACCCGCAUCUCGUAUGUGGCUACGAUCUGGUCGGACAAGAAGACCCCGGGCGCCCUCUCAAGGACCUCCUCCCGGAACUCUUCUGGUUCAAAAAGCAAUGCGUACAAGAAGGCAUCGAGAUCCCCUUCUUCUUCCACGCAGGUGAAUGUCUCGGCGACGGGUCCGACACGGACCAGAACCUCUUCGACGCCGUGCUCCUUGGCACACGCCGCAUCGGCCACGGAUUCUCGCUGUACAAGCACCCGCUGCUGGUCGACAUGGUGAAGGAGAAGCGGAUUCUGGUGGAGAGCUGCCCGAUCUCGAACGAGGUGCUGAGGCUUUGCGCGUCUGUGAUGUCGCAUCCUCUCCCAGCUCUGCUCGCUAGAGGCGUGGCGUGCUCGCUGUGUAACGACGACCCUGCCAUCUUAGGCCAGGACACGAGCGGCAUGACGCAUGACUUCUGGCAGGCGCUUCAGGCCUGGGAUAACCUCGGCCUGGCCGGCUUAGGCUCCCUGGCGGAGAACAGCGUGCGCUGGGCCGCGUUCGAGGAUCAGAACGCCGGGGAUUGGGUGAAGGGUGUCAAGGAGGCGACGCUGGGGAGCGGCGUCAGGGCACAGCGGAUGAGGGAGUGGAGCGUGGAGUGGGAGCAGUUCUGCCUGUGGGUUGUGACCGAGUUUGGGGACGACGGGGAGAGCGUGCAGAAGCUGAUGAAGGAGACGAGUCUUGAUGCUCAGGAUUAG